AUGAAUGAGGUGUUGAUUGCAAUCAGCGGGGAAGAAGGGGGACUGAGAGCGCUGGAGAGGCCAACGAUGCUUCUCAAUCCCCCGGUGGUCCGGGGGGCUGCCGGAGAGGAUCCGCUCCCCGUCAGGACCCGCGCGGGGCGGCCACCGACGCCCCUGGGGCUGCGCAGCGGAUCCGCUCGCUCCAUCCGAGCACCCCUCGGCAGGAUGGCGCUGCGUGAUGACACCCGUGGUGUGAUCCCCCUCUGGGAGGUGUGGGAUGUGCUCUGCGGGAGCCCCUCCUCGCUGCCGGACGGGCUGGGAAGGCGGAGAGCGGCGGGGAGCGGGGCGAGGGAGCCCGGCCGAGCCCUCCCGAGCGGCGGAGGAUGCGCCGAGCCCCGGGGAGUCGAGCCCAGCUGCAGCGCGGCGCGUCCCGCCCGGCCGCCGCCCCAGCCCGCGCAGCCCCCUGUGCCCUGGAGCCAUGAGCAGCUCUCAGUGCCCGCAGAGCCACCGGAGCAGCCUCCCAGCCACAGCCCCCCGGCACUCUUAGGCUUCCCUGCCCCCCUGGAAGGUGCUCAUCGCUGGCCAGGAGAACAGGCUGCACCUGCACCCAGCCUCCUGCAUCCCUCAAGGUUCCUUGCCUCACCAGCAGGUCCUUGUAGGAUUUCAGCUCUGGGCUGUGUGUCUGGGGCUGAGCCAGGUGCCCCCUGCUCCGUGCUGGGUCCCAUGAGACGGGCGGGACCCCCCUGUCCCUCGUGCCCGGGGCCGCAGCGCCCGGCUCUGCCCCCGCUGCUCGGGACCCCCUGCCAGCCCCCACAGAGGAGCUGCACGGAGCUGCUGCCACGUGCAUGAGUGGAAAGCAGAGGAGAGGCCAAAGCCCAGUGCACACCUGGCAUCUGAUCCCCCAGCAUCCUGCCU